AUGAGCAAGCAUACCAACUUUAAGCGCCAUAAGAUGGCUGGUUACGAUGCAGAAAGGCUGAAGAACUUCUGGGAAAAGACCAUUCAAGAACAAACUAAGCAACGAGAAGGUGAAGAGGCUAGAUUAAGCAGAAGUGCCUUGAAUAAACUUCGCCAUGAAUGGACUCAGAGGCUGGAAGGACGCGCAAAACAGGUCCAGGCACACACGAAAAGGCAGAAGGAACAGAUGACGCUGCUGUCUAUUGAGGAUCUUUCUUCAAUAGAUAAAACUGUUGCUUAA